UUUUUGAUGGUAUAAACCGCAAGAUCUGCCAACGGCGGGCGUCACAGAAGCGCAGACGGAGGGUGGCAAUUGAAUGGCGAUCCUCGGCAGUUUGCGAAUCCUUAUUCGCGACCGUCUUUGGAAGUUGCGCUGACACGCUGCCUUUAAUUCGCCAUGGCACGACCUCUGAAGGUGAAUGCCGUUGCGUUGAUCUCUCAAGCCAAUCAUCCCAUCAUCAUUCGGCCAUUUACCGAAGAGGAUCCACUGAAAUAUCACUACAUCGCUCACACCAGCCUCGACUUAGUAGAGGAGCGACUUGCUAUGGGCCCAAAAUUCAUGGACUGUUAUCUCGGGCUUUUGUUUGUUAUGGACGACGUCGCGGUUUAUGGCUACGUUACGCCAACGCGAGUGAAGAUAAUCAUAGCGCUUGAGCUGGCUGAUGCAUUGGUACGGGAUGCCGAUGUAAUUGCAAUCUUCAAAGCUGCACAUGCUGCAUAUCACGAGUCGAUCUCGAAUCCGUUUACCCGCUACAUCGGUGCCCCAGAGGCAACUGGCACUGACCCUUCGCCACUUGUUGCAACAACAACACCAUUUUGGAAGAUUCUUGCGAAGAAAAUAGACGAUGUAGGACGAGCUAUCGGAAGUUUGCCCUCGCAGAAGUAGUCAUCACAAAUGAAAGUUGGCGUUCCCGUGUUCUAGUCUCAUUGCUUGGAUUCGGUCUCUGUCUUACUGUGCUUUGCCCCCACCUGGGUUUCCACCAAAGUAUGAAAGACAAAUGUGGGCGUUAUCGACGGCCCCAUUCCAAAGCACAAUGACCGUACAUCAAUCGCUUGUUGCCCUUCUUAUGACAUGGUUGCUUGUAGGUUGCAGCAGUCAUGACAGAUACGGGGCAUACAUUCCACAUUCUCGCGUUGUACCUCCUCUAGCCUCUAGCCUGAGAAACUUUUCUGCUCCCAAUGUGCUUUUCCAUACGUAGCCGCUACCAGUAAUGGAAAUACCAAUGUGGCAUCAGCGAAGAUC